CAAGGAGCUUCUCAUUCUCCCUUGAAAGUACAUUGCGGGGUGCUGAUUGGCUACUGAAUAAUUCAUUAGCAAUGCAAGGAGGAGGAGAUAGUUUCGGUUUGGAGGCGGUUGGUGUGCGUCACUUUCAUGGCAGUGAGGAGGAAGACAAGGAGGAGGAAGAGCAGGGCAGUGUAUGGGUCCUUACUGUCACUGGAGGUACUCUGCAUGCAUCGAGUAGCAGAACGAGGCAUGGCUGGGAACCCAUUUCGGGCCACCCAAAUCUGGAGCAGCAUCAUCUCCUAUCUCCACACUCAUGUGGAGGUCAAGAGGCGGCGCCAUAACCUUAAGUCCUAUCAGGACUGUUUCCUGGGCUCGGAGGCCGUGGACACCGUAUUGGCUCACAUCACCUUGAAUCGCUUCUUCGGCGACGUGGCUGUACCUCGCCACAAGGCCGUCCGUCUGUGUCAAGCUCUGAUGGACUCAAGGGUCUUUGAGCCAGUGGGAGUCAAAGUAUUUGGGAAGGAAAAGAAGCGGGCCACGUUUGAGGACAGCAGCUGUAGUUUGUACAGGUUCUUAAACCUGCCAAGUGGCACGUCGCCGCUGAACAACACCAAGUCCACCUCAACUGGGACCAUAGAGAGCGGCUAUGACUCUCCAAGCAUAAACAGAAACAAAAACUACAGUCCUUCAUGUGAAAGACAAGAGGUACCGAGCUACUCUACCCACUCGCCGGUUAGAAAAGGGAAAGCAGUGGAGGACGUGCUGAGAAAUCUCAACCUCAGCUCCACGGUCACCCCUCAGAUGAUCAACUUGGGCCUCUCACGGGAGCUGGUGGAUGAGGUGUGGCACCAGCAGGCUGUGUACAGGCUUUUGCAGCUUAUUGAGCUGCCGCUGUUGGAGGACUUGCUGGAGGGAAAGGAUGCGUCGCGGUCUUCUUUGUAUGCCGUGGACAGCAACUCGGACCUGAUGUUGACGUCAAGCUACUUGGACAGAGAAGUGCUGAAGGCCUUCAGUGAGGCGCAUGAAGAUGAGUGGAUGUCAGGCGCUGUGGACUGUCUGGAGUUUCUCCCUGAUGAGCAAGUGGUGGAGGUUAGUCGAGGUUUGGCAGGCCGUGCCAGCGACCUUGUCCAGUGUAAGAGGCUGCUCUACGACGUCCUGGCUCAGCAUUACGCUCAAGCGGACCAGCCGCCUUUGCUGAGCAACCAUGUAUUCGACAUCCACUCGGGCAUCUCCGAGCUUCUCGUGAACGGUAAGCUGGAACAAGCUCUGGAGGCUCUGCAGCUCAGCCUGAAGCUGCAGGACUCCCGCUGCAGGGAGGAGCUGCGACGGCUGCUGAGGUUCAUGGCUAUUGCCGCCAGAACGCAGGACAUCAAGCUUCACAAAGAGAUCGAGAACCGCAUGGCAGUAAAGAGGUCGUUCUCCAGCGCCAUCGUCUACAGCAGAAGACUCUCCAAGGGCAAAGUGGACCUGAUGGUUCUGUUUAUGAUGGACAACCACUGCGAUCUGUUCAAAGUUCCUGUUUCAUUACACACGAUGGUGAGCGACAGAUUAAAAAACAUCGUCAAAGGCAAGGAUGCCGAUGUUAUAACAGGAUCUACAUAUUGCACAAGACAGACCGUGAAGGCUUACUCGGAAAAUACGGAAAAACACACUAAAGAGGAACUGCGGUCGUUACUGCGGACCAUCCACGAGAACCCUAAUGUACCUCCCAAAGAAAAGCGACGUCUCUUGGGACAGUUUUACAAAGGACACCCGGAAAUUUUUGUGCAGUAUUUUGGCAAUAAGAUGUCCAGCAUGAAUGUGGUGCUACAGUAAAAGUUUAUAUUGGUGUAAUAUAAUAUGUACAUUUGAAGAUAUGGAUUGCCUUUCUGUAAAUAGUCUGUUGACUAAGAAUGUGAAUUAAGCUGUGAUUUUUUGGGAUAAGUUUAUUAAAUAUAUAUAUUGUAUGGACAAAAAAAAAUUUGAGAAAAAUUGUACUCUAACCACCACAGGAAUUUGAAGAUAAGGAAGAAGUUGUUCUCUAUUUUGGAGCUAGAACACUUCCACUCUACGGAGAAGACAGGAUGUUGGGAGCGUGUCUAUGAAUUUUUCUCAGUCUUCCACACCAAACCUAGGCCUUCCCCAAACAAAGAAAAUUGGAAGUGUCAUAUUGUACUAGAUGUCUUGGAAAAAUAAACAUUUUUUUUAAUAAUAACUGGUGUUCUCUCAUAAAGUAAGCUCAGUAGGAAUGUCAGUACUCAAUAACUGUAUUAUUUGUGCUUAUUGGAAAAAGAAUAACAAUGUUCCAAAUAAACAAUAAAGCG